AUGUAACCAUUAUUCAAACAAAGGAAACCAGCUAAUUUAAUCAUAUAAUCUUCUGAUGAAGACAAAAUAGUCUAAUAAUAAGUAUACUAUUGAUCUAUUAUAUAGAUCUAAGAAUUAGACACUUUUGAAGAAUUUUGUAGCAACAUACCAGAUGUUGAAAAUUAAGAACUUAAUUUUACUAAAGAAUCCAAAUCUUUCAGUUCUCAACCUAUUGAUUUAUAAGAUUCACAAGAAUUCCAAUACAAUCUCAAAUUUAGUGAUCAAAAAUAAGAAGAAAUUUAAGAGUCACUUCCUAUAUAAUAUAUUGAAUUUGUUGAGUUUAAUCCUUAAAGUAUCAAUUCUGGAUAAUCUGAAUCUAAUAUAUAGAGAAUUGAUUCUCAAUAAAGUCCUAAAGACAUUAUGUAAGAACCUCCAGCUCCUUAAAAUAAGAACUUGACUAAAUUUAGCUUUCCUCAAAAAGGUGGUUGUUUUAGUAGUUGUAACAAAUUCAAAAUUAAAUUGUUUAGUGAAAAAGUAACUUUGUGUGGAUUAACCUUUAAUCAGUAAUCAUGGAAAUUAGAGUGAAUAAUUUGAAGAAACACUUGUUAAGUAACAUAAUACAUAAAACAUUCCCAAAAGUGUGUAAGAUGAUUUACUUAAACAAAUUAAACAAUUAACUGAUUAAAAUAAUGAUAUUCAAACUACUUUAUAAAAUUAGAUAUAAUAACUAUAAACUCAAAAUCAAAAAUUAGAAUAAGAAUUAGUUCAAUAGAAAUAAUAGAAUACUAUUCUUAUCUAAGAAAAUAUUAUGUUGCAAUCUAAAAUUUAAAUUUUAGAAUAAAAAAAAAGUGCUGAUUUAAAUAAUAUUACUGAUUUUUCUCAUGAUUUAUUACCAAAUAAAUUGUCUAUGAAUGAAAAAUUAAUAUAUUUGUUGUCAAAAAUUAAUAUUAAAGCAUAAGAAAAUGCAAAACUUUAAUAUGAAAUUUUGAAAUUGCAAAAUAACGUAUGUAUCUAUGACAUCUAUUCUAUUAAUAGAUUGAAAUCUUAGAAACUUAAAAGUAUUUACAAAUCAAUACAAAUUUAUUAUUGGAAACUCAUAAAUUGUAGUAAAGUCAUUCUCCCCAACUCUAACCAUAGUCUUAAAAUAGAGGAUAAUCUCUUAGUAAAGAUAGCAGAACCAGUCUCUUAAAUUCAUAAAAAUAUCCUCUCAAUUUAUCCCUUAAUUAUGUAUACUAAGGAGAAAGAAGACAAGAGGUCUUUAUCAAUAAAAAGAAUAGAAUUAUAUCCCCUUUGGCUCAUUAUAGUUCAGUGGGUGAAUAAUAAUAACUUUAGUUAACAAACCUUUAAAAGAAUAAGAUUUACAAAGAGGAUACGAAUUAUAAUAAUAAAAUGCAGUAAGAAUUUCUUCAUUGAAAUAGUACUAAAAAUAGCACAUCUGUUGGAGAAUUAAUAUCAUUUAAACAAGACUUAACUAACUGUUCAAAUAUGAUCAAUAAAGCUUUAAGAAAAGAGUCCUAUUCUACAUAAUCUCCAAAUAGCAAAGUUACACAAAAAUUUAAAUAAACUUUAAAUGCAAAAAUUGGGACUUAAUAAGAAAACUCAAAGUCCUAUGCUAGUCUCUUAUUUUCUCUUGGAGAAAGGCAAAAAGAUGUAAGAUAAAUGUCUCCAAAAGGAGGCAAUAAGAAAUCAAAAUAGUAAUCUUUAUAUUUAUAUAUACAAUAUUAGGUUAUUUGGAUUCAUAAUGCAACCUCAUCCCAAUUCAAGAAAAUAAUCAGAAAUUUUGAAAUCAGAGGAAUCCAAUAAGAUGAGUUAGGAAUAGCUUAAAAUGUCAGAUAAGUAUUGAUUUUUGUAAAAUAGAAAAAAUACAUUACAAACUAGUAUUGACAUAUUUUAAAUAAUGAAGGAAAUGAGAAAUAAAAAAAAUAGGAGUAAAUAUUUAAAUUCAAUAUAGUCUCGACUAAAUAAAGUUAAAAAAAAGGGUAAGCUACAACAAGUAGAUAAUUGAUUACUGAAAUCAAAAGUAGCAGAACUAAUAAACCAAGUUUUGAUUGA